GUGUGCGAGCGGCCAUUGAAGGGAAAGGAGCUGCGUGUUUCGCAACAGGAGGAGGGAUCGGGGUGGCCGAGCAGCCCGGAGUUCUCAACUCCGCUCGCACCGCCUCCGGGGCCCUUUGCUGAGCAGCCGAGAGGGGGGACUCUCCCUUUAUUUUGUUCUUCUUCUUCUUCUUCUCCCUCUCCUCCUCCUCCUCCUCGCCACGCAUCCCCACGCCUGCCUGUCGGGUUCUCCUUAGGUAGUUUGCGCCCCUCCCUCCUCGCUCUCCACUUUGGAGAGGCUUUCCAGAUGGAGAUGAAAAAGCUGGAAAUGAAGAAGCGCGUUAACCUGGAGUUGAGGAACCGCGCGCCCGAGAAGGUGGCUGAGCUGGUGCUGGACAACUGCCGGUCCGGCAAUGGUGAAAUCGAAGGCCUGAACGACUCAUUUAAAGAACUGGAGUUUCUCAGCAUGGCCAACACGGAGCUGAGCUCUUUGGCCAAACUCCCCACGCUGACAAAGCUUCGAAGGCUGGAACUGAGUGACAAUCUAAUUUCCGGCGGUCUAGAAGUCCUGGCAGAGAGAUGUCCAAAUCUUACAUAUCUAAAUUUGAGCGGCAACAAAAUCAAGGAUCUCAGCACCGUUGAAACUCUUCAAAAUCUGAAGAACCUGAAAAGCCUUGAUCUGUUUAACUGUGAGAUCACAAAUCUGGAAGAUUACCGAGAAAAUGUCUUUGAGUUGCUCCACCAAAUCACGUAUCUAGAUGGGUUUGAUCAGGAUGAUAAUGAGGCCCCUGAUUCAGAAGAGGAAGAGGAAGACGACGACGAUGAUGGGGACGAAGACGAGGACGAAGACGAGGACAAAGCCGGCCCCCCAGGAGAAUAUGAGGAAAACGAUGAAGAUGACGAAGCUUCAGACUUGGGGGAGGGGGAAGAGGAGGAGGAGGAGGAGGAAGUGGGUCUUUCCUAUUUGAUGAAAGAAGAGAUUCAGGAUGAAGAGGAUGAUGAUGAUUAUGUAGAGGAGCGAGACAAUGAGGAAGAAGACGCCGUUGUCCGGGGUGAGAAGAGAAAACGUUCACCUGAAGACGAAGGAGAUGAUGAUGAUGAUUAAGUCGCAGAAAAUACAAAUAGGACCCGAUUCAUUUUUGUUGGAAUUAUGCAAUAGUGAUAUGCAGAUUUGUAAGGUUCCAUGUAUGAUAGGUCUCUACAAAAGAUAUUAAUGUGUUUUAACUUUUUAUAGGAAGUGUUUUACUAUGUUUGCCCUUUUUAUCAUUCCAACUAAGACAUAAUAAUCCAUUAUUGAUCAUAUCUCCAUCCGUUUCACUCACUGAAGCAGUUGCCCCUAUUUCCUGCCUAGAAACUUCAUUCCUCCCAUUGUUUCCCCCCCCCCUUCCGUUUCCUCAUUAUGAGCAUGCUGUUAACCCCUAGCCAGUUACUUCAGACGGAUUGAACAGAGUUAAACUUUUAAGAGAGCAUGCUCAUGUCAAAUACACAGGAGUAAGAUACCAACUCUUCACUGGAAAGGACUCUGUCGCAACUGAAAUGGGAAUUAGGUCAUCUGGAACUCGCAUUUUACCUAUCAUUUCAUUUUAAAAGGAUAUCUGAAUGAUG